AUGAGCGUCCCCGGCGGAGCAGCAGCCACGGUGAGGACGGGCCCCGGUAACGGUCGCUGUCCCCGGAAUUCUCUCCACAGCGACUGCACCAUCGAGGAGAAGGCGGUGGUCCUGCAGAAGAAGGACAAUGAGGGCUUCGGCUUCGUCCUGCGCGGGGCGAAAGCGGAUACGCCCAUCGAGGAGUUCACGCCGACGCCGGCGUUCCCGGCCCUGCAGUACCUGGAGUCCGUGGACGAAGGCGGGGUGGCCUGGCAGGCCGGACUGAGGACGGGGGACUUCUUGAUCGAGGUGAACAGCGAGAACGUGGUGAAGGUCGGGCACCGGCAGGUGGUGAACAUGAUCCGCCAGGGAGGGAACCACCUGGUCCUCAAGGUGGUCACGGUCACCAGGAGCCUCGACCCCGACGACACCACCAGGAAGAAAGGGGACUGUGCUACUACGGGGGAGGGGUUCCCCGUGGCGCAGGCGGGGGCGUCAGAGGCUCCCCCGGUCACGGCCUGCUGCAGGGGUGAGGCUGGCCUGGCGCAUCUCACCCGUGUCGCCUCUGGUUUGCAGUCCGUGUACGAACGCCAGGGCAUCGCCGUGAUGACGCCCACCGUGCCCGGGAGCCCGAAGGGCCCGUUCCUGGGCCUCCCUCGAGGUACGAUGCGAAGGCAGAAGUCAAUAGACAGCAGACUGUUUCUGUCAGGAAUAACGGAGGAGGAGCGGCAGUUCCUGGCCCCUCCGAUGCUGAAGUUCACCAGGAGCCUGUCCAUGCCGGACACGUCCGAGGACUCCGAGGACUUCCUGCACCCGCUCACGGGGAGGCUGCUGGACCCCAGCUCCCCGCUGGCCCUGGCACUUUCCGCGAGGGACCGAGCCAUGAAGGAGGCCCAGCAGGGCCCCAAGGGGGAGGCCCCCAAGGCCGACCUCAACAAACCUCUCUAUAUCGAUACCAAAAUGCGGCCCAGCAUGGAGGCAGGCCUCCCCACGGCCACCAGGCAGGGCGCGCGCGGGCCCCUGCGGCGGCAGGAGACCGAGAACAAGUACGAGAGCGGCCUGGGCAGGGACCGCAAGGGCGAGGACCGGAAGAACAUGCUGAUCGACAUCAUGGACACGUCCCAGCAGAAGUCGGCCGGCCUGCUCAUGGUCCACACGGUGGACGCCGCCACGCCUGGCGGCUGCCUGGAGGAAGGGGAUGAGAACCGCAUCCCUCCCCCGCCGCUGGCGUCCGUGGACCUGGACGAGGACUUUGCUUUCACAGAGCCAUUGCCACCCCCCCUGGAGUUUGCCAAUAGUUUUGACAUCCCCGACGACCGCAUCGCUUCUGUCCCCGCCCUCACGGGCUUGGCCCAGCAGGACAGAAACGACGCCUCCUGCCUGCCUGCCCCGCUCCUGCCGCCCCCCGAGAGCUUUGACACGGUCACGGACUCGGGCAUCGAGGAGGCCGACAGCCGCAGCGGCAGUGACCACCCCCUCGAGACCACCAGCACCGUCUCCACCGUGUCCAGCAUCUCCACGCUGUCCUCCGAGGGUGGCGAGAGCGUGGACACCUGCACGGUCUACGCGGACGGGCAGGCGUUUGUGCUGGACAAGCCCCCCGUCCCUCCCAAGCCCAAAGUGAAGCCCGUUGCCCACAAAAGCAACGUGCUUUACCAGGACACGCUGGCGGAAGAGGACUCGGACGGCUUCAUCCCCCCGCCUGCACCCCCACCCCCACCCGGCGGGGUCCAGCCCGGGGCCGUGAAGGGGAUCCAGCCAAGGACCUCCAAGUUGUGGGGUGACGUCUCGGAGGUCAGAAGCCCCAUCCUCUCCGGCCCGAAGGCGAACGUGAUCAGCGAGUUGAACUCAAUCCUGCAGCAAAUGAACCGAGAGAAACUGGCCAAGCCGGGCGAAGGCAUGGACGCGCCCACAGGGACCAAGCCGGCCGGCCUCGCUCCCAGAAGCCCAGAGGUCGUGAGCACCGUCUCAGGGACACGGAGCACGACCGUCACCUUCACCGUCCGCCCCGGGACCUCGCAGCCCAUCACCCUGCAGAGCCGGCCCCCGGACUACGACAGCCGGACCUCAGGAACCAGACGUGCCCCCAGCCCCGUGGUCUCGCCCACGGAGAUGACCUCCCCCUCGGUCCUGCCGCCGCCCCUCUCCGGCAAGCCUUUCACCACGAAGCCCGUGCACCUGUGGACGAAGCCCGACGUGGGCGACUGGCUGGAGAGCCUGAACCUGGGCGAGCACAAGGACACCUUCCUGGACAACGAGAUCGACGGCAGCCACCUGCCCAACCUGCAGAAGGAGGACCUCAUCGACCUGGGCGUGACGCGGGUCGGGCACCGCAUGAACAUCGAAAGGGCCUUGAAGCAGCUGCUGGACAGAUAAGGGUGGCUGCGCGGCCCCACAGACUCUGUGAGAAGUAGAGAUGGGCUCCCGCGGGGCGGGGUCUGCACGGCCGAGGGGUCCGGGCGCCCCUCUCCCCGGGUUUGUCUCCCGGCACCCAAAGAAAUGUGGGCGUGGCUGAGCGCAGGGGGCGCUCCCAGCUCUCGGCGGGUUUCCUGGGCUGUGUCUGUCCAGCAAGGGGCACGGGAGGGAGUUUUCUAACCCGGAGGGAGACCUCGGCUGCCUCCCGCCCG